AUGGGGACGGGUUUCGAAAGAGGCGACAAGGUAGUGACGACGCCUCCGAAGCGCGAGGCUCUACGGGCCGCUCCGAUGCGAGGCCGAUUUCAUGUAGGCUUCGACGGUUGGUCUGGGCGGUGCGCAAGCCGUGCCGACCCGAGAGCCGAGUGCUUAGGGCGCGCGUCCUCGGCCAGCCGGCUGCUGCUCCUGCUGCUGACGCUCCUCAGGGACUGCGCCGCAUUCUCCGCGGAGGAAGCAGCCCUUUACACCCAAGUCGUGGGCUCCAGGUACACCAAAUCUUCGCCACCGCAGACAGCUGACAACAAGACCGAAGUCUUCAUCCAACUCGAAGUGACGUUUGUGGGCGACAUCCGGGUUGGGGAGCUGGGUGGCUUCCAGCUGCACGCCUGGGUGUCGCUGCUGUGGCGCGACUCGCGCGUCAACGUCGAGCUCCUGCGACAGCUGGGCCAUCGCAUCAUGCCCGAGUUCCUGGCGCGCAGCGUAUGGCGUCCCGGCGUCGUCUUCGAGGGCGUCGGUGAAGUGACCCGCUGGGACGAGCCGGACGUCUUCGUCAGGGAAGACGACUUCUUGCUUUCCCGCCAGAGAGCCGUAUUCCAGGUCCUGUGCUUGGGCCAGCGGGACAACUUCAUCCUUGGCGUGACCGUGUGCAGCCUGGCGGUCAAGCUGCUCCACGAUGCCGACAGCUUAGCCAGCCUCGUCUGGAUCGGUAACGAGACGGCGAGCCCACUGCGCGGACAGUACGAGAGCGUCGUCGUGCACGCGGAUGUGCGACCGCUCGUCUACACGCUCGUCAAAGUCGAACCUGUCCAAUGCGACGACGCGUCCGCCGUCGGCAGCGCUCCCGCGAUUGCGGCCGACUUUCACUUCUCCAAGGUGACGUGGUCGUUCCUGCUGUCCACCUACGUGCCGUCCACCAUGGUGGUUGUCGUCUCCUGGAUCGCCUUCUGGGUGGACGCCGGCGCGGCCGCCUCCCGGGUCACGCUGGGCGUCGCCUGCUUGCUCAUGCUGGUCGCGCAGGUCGGCCACAACCGCAUCGCCAGUCCGCACGCCACCCAGCUGCAGCCUGGCGACGUCUGGUUCUUCGUCAGCGCCGUCGCCGUCUUCUGCAGCCUCCUGGAGUUCGUCCUGGCCCACGGCUCCCAUCGCGACAAGGCCAGGGCGCAGGGUGUGGGCGCGGCCGCGUCCGCCGUAGCCGAGCCCCGCUACCGUGUCUACCGCAAGCCGCCCACCAUGAACACGCUGACGAUCAUGUGCGACGCGGCAAGUCAGACGGAGCGCUCGUACCGCGCCUACCGGGCGAACGAGCUGGACGUACUCGCCAGGGUCAUCUUCCCCAUCGCGUUCAUGCUCGUGGCGUCCAUAUAUUUCUUGUGGUACGCGGCAUCGUACUAGUGAAAAUAGCGUGGCGAACGCAUCUUUCUGCGCCAUCUUGACACGUGUGCUUUAACACUGCAAAAAUAUUGUAUUUUGUUAAAUGUGUUAAAAAACAUAUUUCAUUGAAGGUUCCAACUUUAUAUACACCGUGGUCGCACUUUGUUUAUGAAUGUAUCCAACAGUUAAAGAAAAGGUAAACACACUUUGAACAUCAAAUGCAGUGUUGUUUUCCUUUUUGUUUGUAGUCUUCCGCUGCUUUGUAUUUCCUUUAUAUUUGACCCGCUCCUAACAAAGAUGUACGACGAAUUUCAAGCCUUUCUCACCGUGUUUUUCAUGGUUCGUGGAUCGAACGCGUGCUUUAGAUGAGGUUUGAUACAUGCUUUCGGCGAAUCGUCAUCGCAGUCUUGUGCUCACUGUUGCUCAUUUAGAAUUGCGAAACUUUGUGAACGGGGUGUUGUAUUUUGUACGAACGGAAAAAAUAUUGCGAAUAAAAGCGCUCUGCUACACAAAUAGACCUUAACUAAACGCAGUGCACGUAUUCACGUGCAUCGUUCCACACUUCAAAUGGCCUCGCUUUAUUGGGUUUGUUCUUUAAGAUGUACUUUACAAUAAACUAUUUCAUCUUGGUUUGUAGCGACCUGCGUUGAUAUCUUUACUGCGACACCAUAGCAGAAAUCUAUUACGUUCAUUUUCUGGUACGUCCUUU